AUGUCGGCCACGUCGUCUUCGAAGCGCAUGUCCCUUCCGCCAGUACCCUCGCCUUCCAACCCGAUCCUUGUCGCGACUCAGUCGCAGUGGAUAUUCACCGAUUCAGAACUUCACCGAACACCCUCCAUUCUCGACGGGAUGACUAUGGAAGCUGAACACACAAGCCGGAGUAAAGGGGUCAAUUUCAUCACCCAGGUCGGGAUCCUUUUGAAUCUUCCGCAGCUCACACUCUGCACCGCGAGCGUCUAUCUCCACCGCUUUUUCAUGCGAUAUAGCAUGAAGGAUCUUCCUCAACGGCCAGGAAUGCAUCCCUACUCCGUCGCUGCUACCUCUCUAUUCCUCGCGACCAAAGUCGAAGAGAACUGCCGCAAGAUGAAAGAGCUGAUCGUAGCUUGUUGCCGCGUCGCGCAGAAGAAACCAAGUAUGGUCGUGGAUGAACAGUCGAAGGAAUUUUGGAGAUGGCGCGAUACUAUUUUACACAAUGAAGAUCUGCUGCUUGAAGCGUUGUGCUUUGAUCUCCAACUUGAGCAACCUUAUCGUCUCCUCUACGAGUUCAUUUGCUAUUUCAAGGUGCAAGGGAACAAGCGGCUAAGGAAUUCUGCAUGGGCUUUCUUGAAUGAUUCUACGUAUACCGUACUAUGCGUUCAAUUUCCCGCGCGUACAAUCGCUGCUGCAGCGCUCUACGCGGCAGCAAGACACUGCGAAGUUACAUUCGAAGACGACGCCCUUAAUAGACCUUGGUGGGAGCAAUUGGACGUUGAUCUCAAUGAGAUGAGAAGGGCAUGCAACCGUAUGGCAGAUAUUUAUGAAUUUGUUUCCGUUCCGGUGCCUGGACAGCAAUAUGCUCACCUCUCGACUGGGGACGAUGGAGCAACCGACCAGACAAGAACAUCCCAUCAGCCGAAAAGUGAGAGCAGCAUGGAUAUUAGCGCCAACAGCAUGUCUCCUGGUGAGAUUAACGGGCGCAAACGGGAAAGGGAUGGCCAUUCUGACUCAUUUAGCCAAUAUCCAAUCAGCCUUCCUGCAAACGGAACAACGUCGGGGACACAGGAUCCUCAACCUUCUCCGAAGCGCCAACGUCGUGAAGGGAGUGAAGUUGAUACCGAUACAGCUCCUUUCAGCCAGACACAACCUCCUCUAUCAUCACAAACUUCAUUCGCUCAGGCUGCUUCAAACCUGAAUAUCGCCUCAAAGAAAUCUUCGCGAACUGCCACCAAUGAUCCCUCCAGCCAGAUACCUUCAGAGAUUAAUGGACAUCCCAGCAAUGUCUCUCCUCCCAAAAGUAGAAUCCCCCAGGCAGCUCGAAUUCCUGCCAACGUACCACGACAAGAACACCCACUUCCGCCACCCCCACCCGUUACCGUACCCCCUCUUCCUCACCAACAUUCCCCACCCCCUCGUCGUGCAAGUUAUGCGAGCAAUCCACCACCACCUAAUAUACCACCACCCCCAAGAGGCCUGCCGCCGUCAUCGGGGCCAUCAAUGUUCCAUCCACCACCACCACCACCUCCUCCUCCUCCCCCUCCGCCAUCUAAUUCUUCUAGCGUUGAUGAAUUACAGCAACGCAUUGAUGCCAUCAUCCAGCAAGGUUUGCCACGGGACAAUGACCGAUCUCACGAACCUAGAGGGAACUAUCACUGCCAUCCACCGUCAAGAGAUAGGGAUGGAGACAGAGAAAGAGACAGAGAUAGAUAUCUGGACAGUGAUAUCGAUAGGAGUCAGGAGAGGGAUAGAUAUAGGGAGAGAGGGAUUGACAAGGAUAGAGAAAAAGAUAAAGACAAAGGGCGCGAUUAUGACCGCGACUUUAACCGUUCCAGAAGGCAGUCGUCAGAGGCAUCAGGUUCUGUAGCCAUCUCUGCAUCUCUAUCCGCGCCAUCUUUCUCCGGAGCACCACCAGCAACCGUACUGCCGCCUCCUCCAGCCCCCUUGGCUGACACACGUAAGGAGUCAGGACAGGAUCAACAAGAGAAAGGCGAGGCAGUGAAUGCGAAUACUACGACGAAUACCACUGUGUCACGGGGAAGCGGAAACAAUAGUGCUGAACCUGAUGAUUGUGGUAGUGAGGAGGAGCAAUUGGUGGUGGAUGAUGGGCAAAAUGUGGAUUCUGUCAAACGCCCCUUUCGCGACAAAGGCACCUUACGGUUCUACGCUGAUAUUUGA